AGUUCAACUCUCGCUGGGCGCUCUCUCACACACACACACACACAUUUGGAACCGUGGCUUUCGUGUGAGAGAGAGAGAGAGAGGGAAGAGGAAGAAGGACACAGACAGAAAGAGAAGGACACAGAGAGAGAUAUAAAGACGGAGAGAGAGAAAGAAGAGAAAAAGAGGAGUAGUGGUCUCCUUGACGACCAAGGUUCGGCAGGAUGGCAGAAGCUGCUGAUGGAGACGAGGAGAUACAGUUUGUGAGGACGGAUGAUACGGUGGUGUUGCAGUGCACUGCGUCCAUCUUGAAGGAGCAGAUCAAACUGUGUUUGUCAUGCGAGGGUUUCGGCAACCGACUCUGCUUCCUAGAGACCACCUCUAACGCCCAGAAUGUUCCCCCGGACCUGGCGAUCUGCUGCUUCAUCCUGGAGCAGUCUCUGUCCGUGCGCGCCCUCCAGGAGAUGCUGGCCCACACGUCCGACACCGAGGCAGUGGAUUUGGAUAAAUGGUCCAGCCAGGGGGGAGGUCACCGCACACUGCUGUAUGGUCAUGCCAUUCUCCUCCGACACACACACUCUGGAAUGUACCUGAGCUGUCUGACCACCUCCCGCUCUCUGACUGAUAAGCUGGCCUUUGAUGUGGGCCUGCAGGAGGACUCCACAGGUGAGGCCUGCUGGUGGACCAUCCACCCUGCGUCCAAGCAGAGGUCAGACGGUGAGAAGGUGCGCGUGGGUGACGAGCUGAUCCUGGUCAGCGUGUCGUCCGAGAGAUACCUGCACUUGUCCUAUGCCAGUGGGGAUCUCAUGGUGGAUGCCUCCUUCAUGCAAACACUCUGGAACAUGAACCCUGUGUGCUCUGGCUGUGAGGUGGCCGAAGGCUACCUGACGGGAGGGUAUGUUAUCCGUUUGUUCCACGGUCACAUGGACGAGUGUUUGGCCAUCGCUGCAGCGGAACAGGGGGAUGACCAGCGCAGGAAUGCACACUAUGAGGGAGGGACUGUCUGUAGCCACGCCCGGUCGCUAUGGAGACUGGAACCUUUGCGGAUUGGCUGGAGCGGGAGCCACAUCAAGUGGGGUCACUCGUUCCGCGUGCGACACAUCACCACCGGACGCUACCUCUGCCUGGAGGAGGAGAAGGGGCUCCUGCUGGUGGACCCCGAGAAGGCCAACACCAAGGGCUCAGCCUUCUGCUUCCGCGCAUCCAAGGAGAAGUCGGAGGCUGCCCCUAAGCGUGAGGUGGAGGGGAUGGGUCUGCCGGAGAUCAAGUACGGAGAGUCCAUGUGCUUCGUCCAGCACAUCGCCACUGGACUCUGGCUCACCUACGCCUCCGUAGACGCCAAAUCAGCACGCCUCGGACCCCUCAAGAGGAAGGCUAUUCUCCAUGUUGAGGGCCAUAUGGAUGAUGCCCUGACGGUGGCGCGCUCUCAGACUGAGGAGUUUCAGGCGGCCAGAAUGAUCUACAGUACCACAGGGCUCUUCAUGCAGUUCAUCAAGGGCCUGGACUCUCUGAGCGGUAAGAACAAGUCUCCGUCGUCGUCUGCGUUGCCGCUGGACUCUGUGGUGCUGCUGCUGCAGGAUCUCAUCUUCUACUUCCGCCCUCCUCACGAGGAGCUGGAGCACGAGGAGAAGCAGACCAAGCUCCGCUCCCUCAAGAACCGACAGAACCUCUUCCAGGAGGAGGGCAUGAUAACGCUGGUACUGGAGUGUAUUGACCGUCUGAACGUGUACAACACGGCGGCUCACUUCUCUGAGUUUGCUGGAGAGGAGGCAGCAGAGUCCUGGAAGGAGAUUGUAAAUCUGCUCUAUGAACUACUGGCUUCCCUUAUCCGAGGGAACAGGGCCAACUGUGCCCUCUUCUGUGAUAACCUGGACUGGCUGGUCAGCAAGCUGGACCGACUGGAGGCCUCUUCAGGUAUUCUGGAGGUGUUGUACUGUGUUCUGAUUGAGAGCCCUGAGGUUCUGAACAUCAUUCAGGAGAAUCACAUCAAAUCCAUCAUCUCCCUGUUGGACAAACACGGACGCAACCACAAGGUGCUGGACGUGCUGUGUUCCUUGUGUGUGUGUAAUGGCGUAGCUGUGAGGUCCAAUCAGAACCUCAUCACGGAGAACCUGCUGCCUGGCCGAGACCUUCUGCUGCAGACCAACAUCAUCAACUAUGUCACCAGCAUGCGUCCCAACAUCUUCCUGGGCACGUGCGAGGGCUCCACGCAGUACAAGAAGUGGUACUACGAGCUGAUGGUGGACCAGGUGCAGCCCUUCCUCACCGCCCAGGCCUUCCACCUGCGCGUGGGCUGGGCGCUCACCGAGGGCUACAGCCCCUACCCCGGCGGAGGAGAGGGCUGGGGCAGCAACGGCGUGGGGGACGACCUCUACUCCUACGGCUUCGACGGACUAAACCUGUGGUCAGGGCGUGUCCCGCGGGUGGUGGCGUCGCCCAGUCAGCACAUCCUGUCUGCGGAGGACGUGGUGAGCUGCUGCCUGGAUCUGAGCGUGCCCAGUAUCUCCUUCCGCAUCAACGGGCACCCGGUGCAGGGCAUGUUCGAGAACUUCAACGUGGACGGACUCUUCUUCCCCGUCGUCAGCUUCUCUGCUGGGAUCAGGGUGCGUUUCCUCCUGGGUGGUCGCCAUGGAGACUUCAAGUUCCAGCCCCCGCCGGGGUACGCGCCGUGUUAUGAGGCGGUCCUGCCCAAAGACCGCCUCCGCAUCGAGCCCAUCAAGGAGUACAAGCACGACUUCGAUGGAGUCCGGAACCUUCUGGGGCCCACGCAGGCGCUCUCACACACCGCCUUCACACCGUGCCCUGUGGACACCGUGCAGAUUGUACUGCCCCCUCAUCUGGAGCGCAUCCGGGAGAAGCUGGCGGAGAACAGCCACGAGCUGUGGGCAGUGACCCGCAUCGAGCAGGGCUGGACAUACGCACCGUUCCGUGAUGAUAAUAAGAAGCUGCACCCGUGCCUGGUGGACUUUGGCAGUCUGCCUGAGCCUGAGAAGAACUAUAACCUGGCCAUGUCUGGAGAAACCCUCAAGACUCUGCUGGCCUUGGGUUGCCAUGUGGGUAUGGGGGAUGAGAAAGCCGAGGAGAACCUGAAGAAGAUCAAACUGCCCAAAACGUACAUGCAGAGUAGUGGCUAUAAGCCCGCCCCUCUGGACCUGAACCACGUGAAGCUGACGCCCAAUCAGAACACUCUGGUGGAGAGACUGGCAGAGAACGGGCACAACGUCUGGGCACGGGACCGCGUGCGCCAAGGGUGGACAUAUAGCAUCGUACAGGACAUCGUGAACAAGCGCAAUCCGCGCCUCGUGCCCUAUAACCUUCUGGAUGAGAAAACCAAGAAGACCAAUCGGGAGACAGUAUGUGCUGCCGUGCGCACUCUGAUUGGCUACGGCUACAACAUUGAACCACCAGAUCAGGAGAGCAGUCCCGGUGCAGGGGGCUCCCGCAGUGAUAAGUUGCGGGUGUUCCGAGCGGAGAAGUCGUACGCGGUCACUCAGGGGAAGUGGUACUUUGAGUUCGAGGCGGUGACCGUCGGGGAGAUGCGCGUCGGCUGGUCUCGUCCCAACGUGCGCGCGGACGUGGAGCUCGGAGGGGAUGACCUCGCCUAUGUCUUCAACGGCUUCAAGGCUCAGCGCUGGCAUGUGGGGAACGAGCCGUUCGGCCGCAGCUGGUUGCCGGGCGACGUGGUGGGCUGCAUGAUCGACCUGGUGGAGCAGAACAUCAUGUUCACGCUCAACGGCGAGAUGCUGAUCAGCGACUCUGGCUCCGAGAUGGCCUUCAAGGACAUCGAGAUCGGAGAAGGCUUCAUCCCGGUGUGCAGUCUGGGCCUGUCCCAGGUGGGGCGUCUAAACCUGGGUCAGAACGUGAGCUCGCUGCGCUACUUCACCAUCUGUGGGCUGCAGGAGGGCUUCGAGCCCUUCGCCAUCAACAUGAAGAGGGACAUCACCAUGUGGUUCAGCAAGAGCCUGCCGCAGUUCGUCCCCGCGCCCACCGACCACCCGCACAUAGAGGUGUCUCGAGUGGACGGCACAGUGGACAGCGCCCCCUGUCUGAAGUUGACCCACAAGACGUUCGGCUCCCAGAAUGCCAACACGGACCUGCUGUUCCUGCGCCUGAGCAUGCCCAUCGAGUUCCACGAGACCUUCAAGGUGCCCGCGGGUGCCACGCCCGUCACCCGCGCCCCCACCAUCCCCGAGGACGAGGCGCUGGAUAUUGAGCCGGACUCUGAGUUCGAGCAGCUGAAGAAGUCGGCCAGCCGCAAGGAGCAGGACGAGAAGGAGAAGGAGGCCUCCGUACCCAAGGAGCUGCCCGGCAACGGCAAGGAGAACGAGAAGGACACCACCACGGAGAAGAGCAAGAAGAAGGGGUUCCUGUUCAAGGCUAAGAAGGCUGCGUUCGUGACUCCUCCUCCGGUCAUCCUGGUGCCUCGUCUGGUGGAGGAUGUGGUGCCUGAUGACCGCGAUGACAUCGAUGUCAUCCUCAACACCACUACAUACUACUACUCUGUGCGAGUGUUUGCGGGUCAGGAGCCCACAGGUGUGUGGGUGGGCUGGGUCACACCUGACUACCACCAGUACGACCUUCACUUUGACCUCAGCAAGGUGCGCAACGUCACCGUCACCGUGGGAGAUGACAAGGGCAACAUUCAUGAUAGUAUGAAGCGCAGUAACUGCUACAUGGUGUGGGGUGGUGAGUUUGGGAGUUCGCAGCAGACGCGCAUCAGCCAGGAGGACUUCAUCAUCGGCUGCCUGGUGGACCUGGACACAGGCCUCAUGACCUUCACCGUCAACGGGAAAGAGGUCAACGCCUUCUACCAGGUGGAGCCGAACACUAAGCUGUUCCCUGCUGUAUUCUGCCUGCCUUCUAGUCAGAACAUGCUGCAGAUAGAACUGGGCAAACUGAAGAACAUCAUGCCCUUGUCUGCGGCCAUGUUCCGCAGCGACCGCAAGAACCCGGUUCCUCAGUGCCCUCCGCGUCUGGACCUGCAGAUGCUGACCCCGGUCAUCUGGAGCCGCAUGCCCAACCACUUCCUGUCUCCGGAGACGGGCCGGGUCAGCGAGCGGCUCGGCUGGAAGGUGGAGUGUCAGGACCCGCUCAUCAUGAUGGCGCUGCAUAUACCAGAGGAGAACAGGUGUAUCGACAUCCUGGAGCUGUCUGAGCGGCUGGACCUGCUGAAGUUCCACUACCACACGCUGAAGCUGUACGGCUCGGUGUGCGCGCUAGGCAACAACCGCGUGGCCCACGCCCUGUGCAGCCACGUGGACGAGUCGCAGCUGAUCUACGCCAUCGAGAACACCUACCUGCCCGGGCCCAUCCGCAGCGGCUACUACGACCUGCUCAUCAGUAUGCAUCUGGAGUCGGCCCGCCGCAACCGCCUGAUGACCAACCGUGAGUUCAUCGUGCCGAUGACGGACGCCACGCGGAGCAUCCGGCUGUACUCGGACGCGGAGAAGGCCCACGCGCUGCCCGGCGUCGGGCUGACCACCUGCCUCCGGCCCAAACUGCACUUCGCCCCCACGGGCUUCGUGGGGACCAACGCGGACCUGUACACGCUUAGUCCGAUUAUACCGCUACAGAUCCUGAAGGACAAGGCGCUGACCAUGCUGACGGAGGCUGUGCAGGACGGCGUGCAGGCCAUGCGGGACCCAGUAGGGGGCAGCGUGGAGUUCCACUUCGUGCCCAUCCUCAAGCUCAUCAGCACACUGCUCAUCAUGGGCGUGUUCGAGGACGAAGAUGUCAAGCACAUCCUCAAGAUGAUCGAGCCCAACGUGUUCGGGGAGGAGGGUCACGGAGAUGAGGCGGGGCCAGAGGCGGGCGCGACCCUCAAAGAGGCGGGGCCUGAGCAGAAGGAGCAAGAGGAGGCGCAGGAAGGGGAGGCGCCAGACGAAGGCAUGGGAGAGGAAGAGGAGGAGUUUGAGGAGGAAGAGGAGGAGUUUGAUGUGGAGGAGGAGCCUUUUGAGGAGGAAGAGGAGGAGGGAGAGGAGGCUCUGGAGGAGAAGGCAGCCUUGAGGAAACGGGCCGGACGGGGUGGGAAAGAGGCGGGGCCAACGGCGCCAGUGGAGGCGGAGCAUAAAGAGGAGGACGGAGUGCAUGAAGGUCUGCUGCACAUGAAGCUCCCAGAGUCAGUCAAGCUACAGAUGUGCACCCUGCUGCAGUACUUCUGUGACUGUGAGCUGCGUCACCGUGUGGAGUGCAUCAUCGCGUUCUCGGACCAGUUUGUGAGCGAGGUGCAGGGCAACCAGAGGAUGCGCUACAACGAGCUGAUGCUGGCCUUCACCAUGAGCGCCGCCGAGACCGCCAGGAAGACCCGCGAGUUCCGCUCGCCCCCGCAGGAGCAGGUUAACAUGCUGAUGAACUUCAAGAACUGUCCAGAGGAGGAGGACUGUCCGGUCCCAGAGGGCGUCCGCCAUGACCUGGUGAACUUCCACAACGACCUGCUCGCUCACUGCGGCGUGCACAUAGAGGAGGAGGAGGAGGAGGAAGAGGUGGAUAACUCCCUGAGGGGGCGGCUGGUGCGCAUGCUGGAGAAGGUCAAGAACCUCCGCAAGAAGAAGGAGGAGACGGAACCGGAGCCCGAGGAGGAGGCCAAGCCCCAGACCCUUCAGGCGCUCAUCUCCCACACCAUGAUCCACUGGGCCCAGGAGUCGUUCAUCCAGAACCCCGAGCUGGUGCGCCUGAUGUUCAGCCUGCUGCACCGGCAGUACGACGCGCUGGGGGAGCUGAUCCGGGCCGUGCCCAAGGCCUACACCAUCAACGUGGUGUCCGUGCAGGACACCAUGGACCUGCUGGAGUGCCUCAGCCAGAUCCGCUCGCUGCUCAUCGUCCAGAUGGGCCCGGAGGAGGAGCGGCUCAUGAUCCAGAGCAUCGGGAACAUCAUGAGCAAUAAGGUGUUCUACCAGCAUCCCAACCUGAUGAGAGCGCUGGGCAUGCACGAGACCGUCAUGGAGGUCAUGGUCAACGUGCUGGGAGGAGGGGACUCCAAGGAGAUCCGUUUCCCGCGCAUGGUGACCAACUGCUGCCGCUUCCUGUGCUACUUCUGCCGUAUCAGCCGGCAGAACCAGCGCUCCAUGUUCGACCACCUCAGCUACCUGCUGCAGAACAGCGGCAUCGGCCUGGGGGUGCGUGGGUCCACUCCUCUGGACGUGGCCGCAUCCUCCUGCAUCGACAACAACGAGCUAGCGCUGGCCCUGCAGGAGCAGGACCUGGAGAUGGUGGUGAAGUACCUGGCUGGCUGUGGGCUGCAGAGCUGUCCCAUGCUGAUGGCUAAAGGCUACCCUGACAUCGGCUGGAACCCCUGCGGAGGAGAGAAGUACCUGGACUUCCUGCGCUUCGCCGUGUUCGUCAACGGGGAGAGCGUGGAGGAGAACGCUAAUGUUGUGGUGCGUCUGCUGAUUCGUCGGCCCGAGUGCUUUGGCCCCGCCCUGAGAGGUGAGGGGGGUAACGGCCUGCUGGCCGCCAUCGAAGAGGCCAUCAAGAUCUCCGAGGACCCCGCACGAGAUGGCCCCUCCGUCAAGAAGGACAGACGCCUCCAUAUUCAUGGCGGCGGGGAGGAGCAGCAUGAGGAGAACCGUGUCCACCUGGGCAACGCCAUCAUGUCCUUCUACUCAGCACUCAUCGACCUGCUGGGGCGCUGCGCACCUGAGAUGCACUUGAUCCAGGCGGGUAAGGGGGAGGCUCUGCGUAUCCGCGCCAUCCUGCGCUCUCUGGUGCCCCUAGAGGACCUGGUGGGCGUCAUCAGUCUGUCAGUGCAGAUACCCGCCUUUGGCAAGGACAACUGCAUCAUCGAGCCCAAGAUGUCGGCGAGCUUCGUGCCAGACCACAAGGCCCCCAUGGUGCUGUUCCUGGACCGCGUCUACGGCAUCGACAACCAGGACUUCCUGCUGCACGUGCUCGAGAUCGGCUUCCUGCCCGACAUGAGGGCUGCUGCCUCACUCGACACGGCGGCGUUCAGCACCACUGAGAUGGCUCUGGCUCUGAACCGCUACCUGUGCUCGGCCGUGUUGCCCCUCAUCACCAAGUGUGCGCCGCUGUUCGCCGGCACCCCGGGCCACCGCGCCAUCAUGAUCGACUCCAUGCUGCACACCAUCUACCGCCUCUCCAGGGGGCGCUCUCUCACCAAGGCCCAGCGGGACGUCAUCGAGGAGUGCCUCAUGUCCCUCUGCAAGUACCUCCGUCCAUCCAUGCUGCAGCACCUGUUGAGACGGCUGGUGUUCGACGUGCCCAUUCUGAACGAGUACGCCAAGAUGCCCCUCAAGCUCCUGACCAAUCACUAUGAGCGGUGCUGGAAGUACUACUGCUUGCCCAACGGCUGGGGCAACUUUGGGCUGGCAUCAGAGGAGGAGCUGCAUCUCACCCGCAAGCUCUUCUGGGGCAUCUUCGAGUCGCUCGCGCACAAGAAAUUUGACUCGGAGCUGUUCAAGAUCGCCAUGCCAUGCAUCUGUGCCAUCGCGGGUGCCAUCCCCCCGGACUACGUGGACGCCAGCUACUCCUCCAAGACGGAGAAGAAGGCGUCCGUGGAUGCAGAGGGCAACUUUGACCCCAAACCCGUGGAGACCACCAACACCAUCAUCCCGGAGCGUCUGGACGCGUUCAUUAACCGCUACGCCGAGUACACACACGACAGAUGGGCCUUCGAGAAGAUUCAGAAUAAUUGGACCUAUGGAGAAAUUCUAGAUGAAAACACCAAGACCCACCCAAUGCUCAGACCCUACAAGACCUUCUCAGAAAAGGAUAAGGAGAUCUACCGGUGGCCCAUAAAGGAGUCGGUGAAGGCCAUGCUGGCCUGGGAGUGGACGCUGGACAAAGCCCGGGACGGAGAGGAGGACAAGACGGAGAAGAAGAAGAAGAUCUCGCAGACCGCACAGGCAACCUAUGACCCCAGCCAUGGCUACAGCCCACAGCCAAUCGACGUUACUGGCAUGGCCCUGUCCAGAGAACUACUGUCUAUGGCAGAGCAGCUGGCAGAGAACUACCACAACACCUGGGGACGCAAGAAGAAGAUGGAGCUGCAGGCCAAGGGCGGAGGCACCCACCCCCUGCUGGUGCCGUACGACACCCUGACGGCAAAGGAGAAGGCGCGUGAUCGAGAGAAGGCCCACGAGCUGCUCAAGUUCUUGCAGCUCAAUGGAUACGCUGUCACCAGGGGAAUGAAGGAUAUGGAGCUGGACACCUCGUCCAUAGAGAAGCGCUUUGCAUACGGUUUCCUACAGAAGCUUCUGAAGUGGAUGGACAUCGCACAGGAGUUCAUUGCACAUCUCGAGGCUGUUGUGAGCAGUGGGAGAGUGGAGAAGUCUCCUCAUGAGCAGGAAAUCAAGUUCUUUGCCAAGAUCCUGCUGCCCCUGAUUAACCAGUACUAUAAGAACCACUGCCUCUACUUCCUGUCCACUCCAGCCAAAGUGCUGGGCAGUGGUGGACACUCCUCCAACAAGGAGAAAGAGAUGAUCGCCAGUAUCUUCUGUAAAAUGUCUGCCCUGGUGAGGCACCGAGUUUUUCUCUUUGGGACGGAUGCUCCGGCCAUCGUCAACUGCCUCCACAUCCUGGCCCGCUCACUGGAUGCCAGGACGGUGAUGAAGUCGGGUCCUGAGAUCGUGAAGGCCGGCCUGCGCUCCUUCUUCGAGAGUGCUGCUGACGACAUCGAGAAGAUGGUGGAGAACCUCAAGCUAGGAAAGGUCUCCAAGGGCAACCAGCCGGUAAAGGGCGUGUCUCAGAACAUCAACUACACCACCGUGGCCCUGCUGCCGGUCCUCACCUCUCUGUUUGACCACAUCGCCCAGUCCCAGUUUGGAGACGAUGUCAUACUGGAUGAUCUGCAGAUGUCCUGCUAUCGCCUAAUGUGCAGCAUGUACUGCUGUGGCACAAUCAAGACGCCCCACGUUGAGAGGCUCCGCCCCGCUCUGGGUGAGUGUUUAGGUCACCUGGCGUCUGCGAUGCCCGUGGCGUACCUGGAGCCGCACCUGAACGAGUACAACGCCUUCUCCGUCUACACCACCAAGACCCCCCGCGAGAGAUCCAUUCUGGGUCUGCCCAAUGAGGUGCAGGAGCUGUGUCCAGACAUCCCGGAGCUGGACAUCCUGCUGAAGGAGAUCGGCGAGCUGGCGGAGUCGGGCGCCCGCUACACGGAGAUGCCCCACGUCAUCGAGAUCACGCUGCCCAUGCUCUGCAACUACCUGCCCCGCUGGUGGGAGCGCGGCGCCGAGAACUUCCCGGAGCAGGAGGGCCAGCUGUGCACCGAGGUCACCUCCGACCAGCUCAACCAGCUGCUGGGCAGCAUCAUGAAGAUCGUGGUCAACAACCUGGGCAUCGACGAGGCCUCCUGGAUGAAGAGACUUGCAGUGUUCUCCCAGCCCAUCGUGAGCCGUGCGAAGCCGGAGAUGCUGAAGUCCCACUUCAUCCCCACCAUGGAGAAGCUGAAGAAGCGCACGGCCAAGGUGGUGGCGGAGGAGGACAAGCUGCGUCUGGAGGGCAAGUCGGAGGGCGACGAGGAGGAGGGCACCAUACGUGACGAGUUCGCCGUGCUCUGCAGGGACCUCUACGCCCUCUACCCGCUGCUCAUCCGCUACGUGGACAACAACAGGGCUCGCUGGCUGACGUGUCCUGACCCAGAUGCAGAGGAGUUGUUCCGUAUGGUUGGGGAGGUCUUCAUCUACUGGUCCAAGUCCCACAACUUCAAACGAGAGGAGCAGAACUUUGUGGUCAUGAAUGAGAUCAACAACAUGUCUUUCCUGACUGCAGACAGCAAGAGUAAAAUGAGCAAGGCUGGGGGCUCAGAUGUGGAGCGUACCAAGAAGAAGCGCAGGGGGGACCGCUACUCUGUGCAGACGUCUCUGAUCGUGGCCUCGCUCAAGAAGAUGCUCCCCAUCGGCCUCAACAUGUGCUCGCCCGCCGACCAGGAGCUCAUCAACAUCGCCAAGAUACGCUACUCACUGAGAGACACAGAUGAGGAGGUGAGGGAGUUCCUACAGGCCAACCUACAUCUUCAGGGCAAGGUGGACAACCCGUCCAUGCGAUGGCAGAUGACUUUGUACAGGGAGAUGGCCGGGAAGGUUGAGGAUGCAGACGCUCCAGAAAAAGUAGUCAAGAGAGUACAGGAAGUGUCUGCUGUGAUCUAUCACAUAGAGGUGACUGAGCAUCCCUUUAAGUCCAAGAAGAUGGUUUGGCACAAGCUACUGUCCAAGCAGAGACGCCGAGCAGUGGUGGCCUGCUUUAGGAUGACCCCUCUGUACAACCUACCCAGGCACAGGGCUUCUAACAUGUUCCUGGAUGGCUACAAGCGGAACUGGCUCCAUACAGAGGGCUACUCGUUUGAGGACAGGAUGAUAGAUGACCUAUCUGUGAAAAGCUCUGAGGAAGAGGAGGAUGAGGAAGAGGAGCGGGAGACGAAGCCGGACCCCCUGCACCAGCUCAUCCUGCACUUCAGCCGCACCGCUC